UUUUCUCUGUGGUUUUUAAAUUUGAUUUUGAAUUUUGAGGUUAGCUAAACUUUUUGUGACUUCAUUACAAUUUAAUUUUUUUACUUAGAAUUUUAUUUUGUUUAUGAGAUAAAUGUGUUUUUAGAAAACGAAGACACUAAACUAUUAUCAAGUGAACUACUGAAAAUGGCGACAGCAUACGGAAUACAUUUAGGCAAUAGUUCCGGAUGUUUAGCGGUAUUUGCCAAUGGUGCUGCAUCGGUUUUGGCUAAUGAUGCAGGAGACAGAGUGACACCAGCUAUUGUUGCAUUAAACGGCGUCGAAUGGGAAAUUGGUCUCCCAGCUAAGUCAGGACAAGCUUCCUCGAAGUCAAUAAUAAAACAUAACAAACGUCUCAUGAACAAUGACUUCAACGAAGAUGAUCUCACCUAUGUCGAAAGUUCGUCGUCGUGUCGGAUCCAAAAUGACGACAAACUGGUGUAUGAAUUUGAAACAUCUGAAACAAAGCUUUAUUCUAAUCCUGAUAAUAUCGCAACAAAGAUUUAUGCAAAGUUAUACACCAUAGCAAGUCAUUCUGUGCAAAACGAAGGAGAUUUAAAACUGGUUCUAGCUGCACCAUUAAAUUGGUCCAGUACUAGUAGAGAAAGGUUAGUUAAAUGUGCCGAGCUAGCUGGAUUUGAUGUUUUACAAGUCAUCAGUGAGCCAGCAGCUGCAUUACUAGCAUAUAAUAUAGAAGAAUCAUCUGAGGAUCUUAAUGUUCUUGUAUUUAGACUUGGAGGUUCAACAUGUGCUGCAUCAGUUGUCAAAGUGUCAAGUGGUUUCAUGUCAGUAGAGAAGAAUAUUUUCAGAGCCGAUCUUGGUGGACAAUGCCUCACUAAAGACCUCGCUGACUAUAUAGCUCAAGAGUUCAGACAAAGGUGGAAGUUAGACCCACAUGAAAGCCGUAGAGCCAUGGCAAAGUUGUUACAGCAUGCUGAUAACUGUAAACAUGUGCUGUCAACUUUAAGUUCCGCUCAUGUGUUUAUAGAGUCCCUUUUAGAUGGUGUAGAUUGGAGUCAAAAUGUAACCAGAGCAAGGUUCGAAAACAUUAUAUCAUCAAAGAUUUCUGCGUACAUAGAACCAGCUAAAAAAGUAAUUGAGAGUUUUGAUGGGAAAAUAACAAAAAUUGUUCUCUGUGGAGGCAGUAUGAAGAUACCUAAAUUGCAAUCAGCUAUAGCAAGUUUGUUACCGGAAGCUGAAGUGCUUUCCGGCAUUAAUCCAGAUGAAGUUAUUGCUGUAGGUUGUGCUAAGCAAGCAGGAAUGAUAUUGGACUUGCCCGAGUUAUCCUUAACUGAUACAAGUACUGAAAUUGAAUUUCUGGGCAAAGAUAUUUACUUGAAAUAUUUGGACCAAACAGUGAAAUUGUUUAAAGAAGGGACACCUCAAUUUGCUCAAAAUGUUUGUAAUAUAGAUGUGGAAAAGGAUGCAAAAGAUGUCAGUUUUACGCUUCAUGAUGAUCCGGACAAUGACAAGUUUGCUGAAGAGGUUUUCAAUGUUGAAAGUUUAACUAAACCCUUUAAAUUAAAAGCUACAUUACAGCCAACAAACAUCCUGCUCCAAGUUGAAUAAUUUUAUAAAUUGUUGAUUCCUACCUAAUAUAAAAUAAAUAAGUUUGUAUAUUA